AUGGAGCCCAAGGCGAAAUCAAAAGCAAAGAUUGAUUAUAAGAUACCCAGGCCAAGCUCGAGCGUGAUCUUGAUCUCUCCGAAAAACGAAGUCCUGCUUCUUCAUCGUGUCAAGACCUCUUCCUCCUUUGCUUCUGCACAUGUCUUUCCCGGGGGGACAAUAUCGCGCCAAGACGGAAAUUUCCCUCCUGCCGGUCACCCGGAUAGCCAUGAUGAAGGCAUACACUACCGCAGAGCCGCCAUCCGCGAACUGUUUGAAGAGAGCGGAAUACUGCUUGCCAUAAAUAAGGAGACAGGCAAGAUGAUUCAUGUCAACCCCGCAGAGAGAGAGAAGGGACGGCAUGCUAUUCAUAUGAACGAGACUACCUUUGAUCAAUGGCUGAAAACCCAGGAGCCCCAGGCGGAGCCUGAUACUGAAGUCCAAGCCCCCACAACAGACGGAGGAAUUGAAAUUACAGAAGCACAAUUCCUCCCUGCUACAGAAUGGCUUCGCCGCGCCAGGGUAGAAGACGUCAUCAUGUUCCCUCCGCAAGUAUUACUCCUCGACUUUGUGGCUGAGUACCUCGAUCGACCAAGUCCAGACGGAACCAGCCCGCAAGCGGUCUCCGUAGAAGAAUCGAAUAGACGGCGACAGGAUUUGAUUAGCUUUGCACAUUCUGGAAGUCCUCCAUGGACUCACAAGUUCAUCUCGCCUCAGCCAAUGGGUACUGUCGCUGAUGGGAGACAGAUUCUAGAUCUUAGCCAACCAGGGCCGGAACUCAAGGGCACGGAUAAGAAGGGAGAAACAGACAGGGUCGUACUUGUGCGUUUCAGCAAAGAAGGACCUAGGGAAGUAGAAAUCCGGUGGAGAGAGGAAGUUCUCCCCGAAAAAGCCACCAAGAGUGCGCUGUGA